CACUCAAUCUCAUCAUCGUCUUCGAGAAAACAGAACAGUUUUGGUUGAAGUUUGAUUUCAAUGGAGGCAAAGUAACAGACAUAUGAAUUUUGUUAGUCACUCAUAUAUUCUCCACUGAAGAUCAAUCCAACCCAAUGGCUUCACUCUGCCUCAACCUCAAUUCCUUUCAUCCACCUUCAUCCUCACAAUCUCGCAGGCUGUUCGAUACCUCCUUACCUUCCUCUUCUUCUCUCAAUCGCAACAAUUCCAUUAAGAACGAAACCUUAAAACCUAUCGUCGUCACUGGAAAUCCCCCUACCUUCGUCUCUGCUCCUGGUCGCCGAAUCGUUGCCGUUGGGGAUUUGCAUGGAGAUCUUAAACAAACUAGAUUGGCGCUUGAGAUGGCUGGUGUAUUGGGGUCCGAUAGUCGGAACUUGUGGACUGGUGGAGAAACGGUGUUGAUUCAGCUUGGAGAUAUACUGGACAGAGGAGAAGAUGAAAUAGCUAUAUUGUCCUUAUUGAGAUCAUUAGAUGUCCAAGCAAGAGCACAAGGUGGCGCAGUCUUUCAGGUGAAUGGGAAUCAUGAGACAAUGAAUGUGGAAGGGGAUUUCAGAUAUGUUGAUUCUGGGGCUUUUGAUGAAUGCCUGAAUUUCUUGGAAUACUUGGAAGACUAUAGAGAUCACUUUGAGGAAGCUUUUCUUAAUUGGAUCCAAGUCUCAGAAAGGUGGAAAGAUCAGAGGAAAUCACAAAAUUUUUGGGGUCCUAUGAAUUUGGUGAAGAAGCAAAAAGGGGUGGUUGCCAGAUCAAUCCUGUUCAGACCUGGUGGUUAUUUGGCACGUGAGUUGGCACAACACGCAGUUGUUCUUAAAGUUAAUGACUGGGUCUUCUGUCAUGGUGGUCUUCUUCCUCACCAUGUUGCAUAUGGCAUAGAGAAGAUGAACCGGGAAGUAUCCCAAUGGAUGAAGGGCCUUCGUGAAAGUAGUAAUAGUCCCUUUCCUUUCAUCGCAACAAGGGGCUAUGAUAGUGUUGUAUGGAAUCGAUUAUACUCGAGAGAUUUUGCAGAUUUGGACGACUUUGAGAUCAAACAGAUAAAUUCAAUUCUCGAAGACACACUAGAAGCAGUUGGCGCCAAGGCAAUGGUGGUAGGCCACACUCCCCAAAUGGCUGGAGUAAAUUGCAAAUACAAUUGUAGCAUUUGGCGAGUUGAUGUUGGGAUGUCUAGUGGAGUUCUUCACUCGAGACCUGAGGUACUAGAAAUCAGAGACGGCAAAGCAAGAGUUAUCAGAAGCAAGAGGGAUAGAUUUAGUAGUGAACUUCAAGUUGUUAACUAUAUAUAGCAAGAUUUGUGUUUGACAGAAGAAGAAUCUGCAUCAUGUUUCCUUUAUGUGGGGUGGUUUAGAAACACCUCAGAUCUUCUGUCCUUAGCUUGGAUUCUGCUGUUUGCAAGAAUUAUCACAUAGCAUGGAGAAGCAAUCAGCUCCAAUUAUGACAUCAAUACGAGCACGUGUAGCAACAGAGAUGCCUUCAAAUGACUUUCGGUAAAUCGACUUCAAUGCCAGCCCUCACUUCAGAGGUCUGUCAAUCUGAUUUUGUAAAACACUGGAUUUUAACCAUUGAAACCCACUUCCACGGGAGUUGUUCUUGUUCAAUUCCAUUAAUAUGUACAGUACGCCAUAUUUGUAAUAUAUCAUGAGUUGUUGAAUUCAUCGAUUCGAUCUUUUGUAAA